CGCUCCUAUUUUUAUUCCGUUACUGUACUUUGUGUCCUCUCUACACCUGUCUCGGAAGGGGGAAUCCGCCGGAUACUAGAUUCCCUGUUUCCAGAACGGUUGUCUUUAUCCACAAACGUCGAGCCUCUCCGUCCUCAUUUUCGUCGAUUUUUCUUCAUCACACCACCCUUUUUCACCAGCUACACGCCUCCACCACAUCCAUCAGUUUGGCCGAGUCAACGAGUCUACCUAGGAAUUCCUGCAGAAUUUCUAUAAUAGCGCCCAUACCCGUACAUCUCUCCGCACACAACUAUGCCGAAACGUGCUAAGAAGGUUCACUCUCUGAAAGCUCAACAAAGGGCCGCCGCCAAGCAGCUGGCCCAAGCCGAGCGAGAGGCCCCUCGUGGGAACCGACACCCCCAUGGCGCCCCUUGGGUGCCAGACCCGACCUCUGCCGACACUCCUCCGCCCCCCGGUACACUAGGUCACCGCUUCUACUCGCUCCCGCAGGAACUCCGUAACGAGAUAUUUGCCCAGCUCCUCGUACGCCCCGUCAAGUGGAACAUCAAACAUCGCCCGGACUGCCCGCUUAGCACCGUACCCCUCGAGGGCUACCUCAGUCAGAUGGGCAGCCGGCCGCAGAUUAGUCUAGGGGUAUGCGCCUCUCAGUUCCACGAGACGACGCUCUGGCGGCACUGCACCGAUCCCAUCACUGUCGAUCCCUGGCGCAGCCGCUGGGCCCCGGAGCAGCAGAAUCCGUACGUGUGUACGGCCUGCUACGACUACCGGCACCGACCCCGCCCAUUUCCGACCGAGUCUAGGUUGCCUUGUCUAUGUGCACGGCGUGACCAUCUGGAGACGCUGCUGGUAUGCCGCCGGUGGUACGCCGAAGCCGGUGCCGUCUUCUACACCCGUAACACCUUCGCGUUCGGGAACAUGCGGGAGUGCUCCCAGUUUCUUACCUUCCUGUCACCCCGAUGGAAGGCGUUAAUCUCCAAGGUUAGCCUGUUGGUCUUCACGCCAUUGCCGAAGCCGGCGGAGCUCGUCCCCAAGACUGCCAUGGACGAGCCGAUAUACUUGGAUAUCCCCUGCGAGGGUAAGAACAGCUUGGGACAGGCAUGGCAGCUUCUGCGAGACCUUCCGGCCCUAAGCGAGCUCGAGUUGGAUGCCAUCCUGCUAACACGAGAACACUACGUCGAGAUAUUUCGUAGAUUUGUAUUUCCCAAUCUCCGCCGCAUCAAUUUCGUCCAGUCCGAUCCGCACCAAGUUACCAAGACGUCGCGAGAUUUCGUGUGGCCGCGAUUUGGCGCCCGGAUGGUCAUCGAGGACAGCCGUGUGGCUCAAUGCGUGGCCCGGCACAUCAGGGGGCUGGAAUACGUGUGGGCGCCUUGCCACACAUCCAACAGCCUGUUGCUCGUAACGCCGGAAUUCCAUAGGUACAUACGAUUGGUCCGGGCCGUAAAAGACGCUUCGAAUGAGGACGAGGAUCGUGAAUAAAAUGAAUGCAGGAUCCACGACCGCUCCCCGUGGGGAGUGUCGUACUCGAUCGAGGUCUUGGUAUUGGCCCUCCUCCGAAAGCCACCC